AUGCAGCUUUUCAGAAAAACGCAUAACGCAGAAGCGACCGCUUCAGCAAACCGCCAAAACCUCGUUCUCCCGGACAACUUGCCUUGCUAUAUGAUUCCGUACGGUCGGAACCUCAAGUUCUAUGGCAGGGAAGCGGAACUCGACGAGAUCAAGACCGUCCUUGAUCCAACGCCACAGAGCGAUGAUCUCAAAGUGCUUUCGAUUUGCGGCCUCGGCGGAGUUGGCAAAACACAACUUGCUCUGCAGUAUGCAAAUACGAUGAUGGAGUCGUAUGACGCGGUAGCUUGGAUACCUGCCGAUACACAGGCCAUACUUGUCCGGGCACUCGCCAUGUUCGCUGCGAAGCUAGGUCUGAUGAAAGACGGCAGCGAGGACGAUCUACAGGCUGUUCAGAAGGUUCGAGACUGGCUUAGCACCGCCGGAAGGAGGGUUCUGCUCGUCUUUGAUAAUCUUGAGGACGUGCAGAUACUGAGUCAGGUCUGGCCAUGGGCUGGGAAUGGAUCUUUCAUUAUAACGACUCGCUCGCCGGCAGUCGCAUCGGGACGAGCCAGGUGUGUAUUGCACCUGAAGUCAUUCGAGACGAGUACAGCAGUAAAGGUGUUGAAUGAAUUGACUGGCAUUCAAGCUCUUGAAGAGAGCGAGAAGCAAGCUGCGAUUGAGAUCUGCCAGUCAAUCGGCGGACUACCUCUAGCGAUAGUCCACAUGAGUUCCUUCAUACAGGACCGUGGCUCCACCUACGAAGAGUUUCUAGAUUUGUUCAAGAAGCACGCAGAAAGGAUCCUUGCCAGCUCUCAGACUCAGGUCGAUUACGAUCAUACUCUGUAUACUGUAUGGGACUCGUCAAUGCAGUCCCUAUCUACCAACGCAAAGACACUACUCAGCCUUCUCUCCUUUUUCGAUCCCAACGCAAUUCCAGAACGGUUUUUGACGAACCCCCAAAAUCAAAUUACUGAUCCGCGGUUUGAGUUCUUGAGUGAUGACUUCGCCUUCGGCGAUGCCGUCUCAGAGUUGAUCACCAAGGCGUCCCUUGUCGACAGACUGACCUCAGCGAAGUCAAUCUCCAUGAAUCGUCUUGUCAAGAUUGUCUCUUCAGUACGAGUGCCAGAAGAAGAGCGCACAGUGUAUUUCAAUACCACGAUCCAAAUGCUGUCUAACGCAUUCCCGAACACUUGGGACAGCAGAGUAGAUCAACAAGGCCAUGGAUUCCAGUCAUGGGAGACCUGUAGUGCUGUUGUUGCACACGUUUCCUCGCUCAUGGUACUGCAGGAACAGUAUGGCUUGGAAGCGACGAACACAGAAGCCUUUGCAGAGCUUGUAUUCCGUAUUGGCACAUACUUGUGGGAGAGUGAGCAGCCCCUGACUGCCAAGACGUUCUUUGAAUAUGGCCUGCACUUGGGUAUUGACCCUGAGAGUCGAGUGUACGCCCAUGUGUACCGCUUACUAGGUCACAUUGCCCUCGACAUCGCACAGCCCAGAGCCGCCCUUGCAGCAUACCAGAGAGCAUAUGAAGUAACAGAGCUUCUCGAUGGGCCCGAGUCCAUCGCCGUCGGCGAAGUCUUAGAUUCACUGGCAUGCAGCUGCGCAGAAAUCGGCGACGUACUCAGAGCUCGCGCAUAUCUCGAACGAUCAGACGAGAUCAACCAAGCACAAAACGGUCGAACUUCGAGCCGCACACAGGCCAUCUUCGCACUCGCGUACCUACGCGGCCACGAACCAGAGGAAGCAUUGGAUGCGUUAAAUCUGUGUUGGAGACUCCAGGGUAAGACUGGAAAGGAGAUUAAGUACUCCCAAUAUCCAAAACAUGCCGGGGACAUCGUUCUUUAUGCACGUAUCAAAUUCGCUCUGGGCCAGAAAGACGAGGCACGACAACUAGUGUUGAGGUCAAUUGAGAUGCGCCGAGGCAUAUUCAGUUCUAAAGGACCCCGUGUCGCAGAUUCGCUCUUCAUCCUGGCGAGGAUGUUAGAGGAUGAAGCAGAGGAAAACGCCGCGGCGAAGAUGUAUCGCGAGAUUAUCGACAUGAAUUGCGGUUCUGCGGAAAUGAAGGGCCAUCUCGCCCGCAGUCUUUGGUUUCUUGCUGGAGUAGAGGGGCGUCUAGGGAGAGCAGACUAUGCGAGUGAUCUAAGAAAACUUGCAAAUGAAGAGCGAGCAAAGAUCAUGGGUCGAGAACAUCUUGACGAGGACACAGAUGAGGCUUUCAUGAGUCUGGUCGGAUGGAUGCUUUGGUGA